AUGUCGUCGACAUCAGUUUCAACAGGCCUCUGGGCGAAGUAUCCAGCUAUUAACCAAGUCAAGCGUACUUUAAAGGUGGUCUGUAUAGGCGCUGGUGCCUCCGGUCUGCUGGUUGCGUACAAAUUGCAAAAGCACUUCGACAACCUCGAUCUGACCAUUUUUGAGAAGAAUCCGGAUAUCUCUGGGACAUGGUUUGAGAAUCGAUAUCCAGGAUGUGCUUGUGAUGUACCUGCUCAUUGCUAUACAUUCUCGUUCGAACCCAAGCCAGAUUGGAACGCCAACUAUGCUUCUUCAUGGGAAAUACACCGGUAUUUUACAGAUUUUGCAACCAAGUAUCGCCUCGGAAGAUUCAUCAAGCUCAACCACAAGGUGGUUGGAGCCAUCUGGUCAGUUGACCGCGCCGAAUGGGAUGUCUGUGUCGAGGACCUCACCACCCGUAAAAACUUCACAGUCUCUUGCCACUGCCUGGUCAACGCUGGAGGAAUCCUGAAUGUGUGGAAAUAUCCACCAAUCCCUGGUCUGCUGGACAAGUUCCAGGGUACAGUUGUCCAUUCCGCCGCCUUUCCAGAAGAUCUCGAUGUCAAUGGCAAGGUUGUUGGCCUGAUCGGAAAUGGUUCCUCAGGAAUUCAAAUCCUGCCCGCCAUUGCGCCCCAAGUGGCUCAACUAAAGACAUUCAUACGAGAAGCUACCUGGGUCUCGCCUCCAGCCGGCGAGGAGUUCCGGACCUACAGCGAUGAAGACAAGGCUCGCUUUGCCUCUGACCCGGAUCUUCACCUUCAGGUGCGGAAGCAUGCAGAGGAGGUCAUGAACAGCCAGUUCUCCCUUUUCCAUCGUUCGUCCGAGGCUCAAAAUCAAAUUCGAGCCUACAUGGUGAGUGAGAUGAAGCGGAAGAUAAACAAUGCAAAAUUGGAGAAGGUCCUCAUCCCGGAAUGGUCUGUGGGCUGCCGCCGUCUGACGCCUGGACCAAACUACCUCGAAAGCUUGUCUCGAGACAAUGUUGAGGUCGCCUUUGGGGAGAUCACCCACGUAUCUGAAAAAGGUCCUGUAUUAGAUGACGGCAGUGAGCAUCCCGUCGAAGUCUUGAUCUGUGCGACAGGAUUCGACACAACAUUCAAGCCACGUUUCCCACUCGUCGGGGACAGUGGGAAGGAGCUCGCGUCCGAAUGGAAGGAUGAGCCAGAAGGGUACUUGGGGAUCGCAGUUCCAGGCUAUCAGAACUACUUCAUGUUGCUGGGACCAAACUGUCCUGCAGGAAAUGGGCCGCUGCUGAUUGCAGUCGAGGCACAGGUGGAUUACCUUGUCAAAAUGCUUUCGAGGUUCCAGAAGGAAAACUGGAGCUCAUUUGAGGUCAAGGUCGAGCCGACGAAGGAUUUCAACGAGUGGAAGAAUGAGUACAUGAAGCUGACGAUCUGGACUGAGGAGUGUCGAUCGUGGUACAAGAGUGGCAGUACAUCGGGGAACGUCGUCGCUUUGUGGCCUGGAUCAACCCUCCACUACUUGGAAGCAGUCAAAGAUGUCAGGUGGGAAGACUGGGAUAUCAAACACCAGCCUGGCCAUAACCGUUGGGAGUUCUUGGGCAAUGGUCACAGCACAGCGGAAGCAAGGACACGAGACUUGUCUUAUUACAUUCGCCAGUACGACGAUGAACCUGUUGAUCCGUGUUUGAAAGCUACAUCUCAGACUGAAGAAGCGGCAAGUGCAAAAUCCUCAGGACCUGUCAUGUUUGAGAGACCGUUGGAGACUAAGCUCUGA